GUUGGAUUGCUGAGCCUCAGGCCCGCUACUGUCCCUGGUGGAGAGACUCUGGGCUUCCCUGCGGCUGCUGAGGUCUGCUGUGCUUGGUAGCGGCUUUUGGCCAAUUUGGGACCAGUCAGAAGAGAAGGUGUCUGGGGGCCAGGAUGAUGAACCACACCGCCAGCGAGUAUUAUGAUUAUGAGUAUGACCAUGAACACUACAGUGACCACCUUCCGGAUGUGCCCGUAGACUGCCCAGCUGGCACCUGCUUCUCUAGUGAUGUCUACCUUAUAGUUCUGCUUGUGCUGUAUGCAGCCAUCUUCCUGGUGGGUGUGUCAGGCAACACCCUGGUGGCAUGGGUGACCUGGAAAGAGUCCCGCCACAGGCUUGGGGCCUCUUGGUUCCUACACCUGACCAUGGCAGACUUGCUCUGCUGUGUGUCUCUGCCCUUCCUGGCUGUGCCCAUCGCCCAGAAGGGCCACUGGCCAUACGGGGCGACAGGCUGCUGGCUGUUGCCCUCCAUCACCGUUCUGUCUAUGUAUGCCAGUGUGUUGCUCCUGACCGGCCUCAGCGGCGACCUCUUCCUACUGGCUUUCAGGCCCUCCUGGAAGGGUGCAGAUCAUCGAACACUUGGGGUGCGUGUGGUCCAGGCCUCCUCCUGGAUGCUGGGCCUGUUGCUGACUGUGCCUUCUGCUGUCUACCGCAGGCUGCUUCAGGAGCACUACCCUCCCCGACUAGUGUGUGGCAUAGACUAUGGGGGAUCGAUCACCGCCGAGGCUGCCAUCACCACUGUUCGAUUCCUCUUUGGCUUCCUGGGGCCGUUGGUGUUCAUGGCCAGUUGCCACGGCAUCCUCCAACGGCAGAUGGCCCGCCGCCACUGGCCCCUGGGCACAGCUGUCGUGGUGGGGUUUUUCAUCUGCUGGACCCCUUAUCACGUCCUGCGGGUAAUCAUUGCAGCGGCUCCUCCACACUCCUUGCUCCUCGCCCGGGUCCUGGAGGUGGAGCCUCUGUUUACAGGUCUGGCCCUGGCUCACAGUGCUCUCAAUCCCAUAAUGUUUUUGUAUUUCGGAAGAAAACAACUCUGCAAGUCACUCCAGGCUGCAUGUCACUGGGCCCUGAGGGAUCCACAGGAUGAGGAGAGUGUGGUGACCAAAGUAUCCAUAUCCAUCAGCCACGAAAGGGUGUCUGAGAUGCCGGUGUAGGCAAGAGGGAUUUGGAU